GAGAUAGUUUAUUCAUGUCAGUUACCUCAACUGAAGUGGGAAAAGAUAAACGCUGACUGUCGCUCGUGAGGGCACCUUUCAGAAAGGUAGGCUGGUAAAAAAUGCAUCCCCUGUUUCGUCGCAGUUGGUGGCGAUAGUUUUGUGUGCACUGGAUUAAUGCUUCAAAUUUUGUAACAGCUUUUGCCAUGUGCUUGGUGUGAGUAGUACUUCAAAGGGCAAAAUUGGAUAUUACACUUUAUACCAGGUAGUUGAGUGUUAAGCUUUGUGGAUGUGUGUCUCAGUGUAUAGACAACAGAUGAAGGAAUAUCCUCCCUGCACACAAAUUGAACCUUAUUUGCUACCACUGGCUGAAGAGGAUGAAGACGAGGAUGACCACAAAAUACUCGAGUUCGAGCUGGACACAGUCCACGGAUCGUCCAUUAAGCACAAGCAUGAUCUUCCAUUGUUGGUGCUCCCAACUAUUGUCACCGAGGACUACGACGCCAAUAUGGUGCUACCAGACGAACGGGCCACAGACAGAGAACGCAUUCGGUCAUUGUCCGGUGGGGCCAAAGCUACUUCCUCUACCGCAUCAUCUUCAGCCUCUAGUCGAGACUCGUCUUCUAGUUCCAUAACGGGUCGAUUCCGGAGACAGUCAGGUGAUGAUGCACAUGACAAGAAGUCUGCGGCUGCUGUCUUCGAUGUGUUCAGACCGCGUUCUAAAUCAGACAGCAAAAGUAAAAAGCCAUCUUUCAUGUUCUCGCUAAGAUCUAGUAUGAUGUCCUCUGGUGGCUCUCUAUCUAGAUCUACUGUAGUGAGUCCAACAUCGCCGCUGGCCACUCACAGCACACCACCCGCACAAAACCUGGUCGAGCCUCACAGGCCUAGGUCCGGUUCUGACAGUAGAGGGGCAGUCUCCAAAAUGUUCGAAAUGCUCCGAAACAGGUCACAGUCAGUCACUUCAGAUCUCAAAAACAAAACAAAAUUGGGUACAAAUUCAUCAUCCUCUUUAUCAUCUGGUGCCUUGCUGCGACGGCACUCCAUUGAUCCGGACCGCCGUCGGACGUCCGGUAACCAUAACGCCGGCAGAUCUAACGACGAUCAAAGUACAGUCCUUGUACACAGAGGGCUCCCUCUUCACGCAGAUCCUCUUUGUGAUAAGAUAGAUAUAGAAGAUUUAGGUGAAGAUGAAAAUUUAGUCUUUGUUAAGUUUUUCAAGUGUUACCGUUGUUACGAUUUGAUUCCAGUUAGUGCCAAACUUGUAAUAUUUGAUACUCAAUUGUUGGUUAAGAAGGCAUUCUUUGCUUUAGUUCACAAUGGAGUUCGAGCAGCACCUCUAUGGGACUCGGCUUCACAAUCUUUUGUUGGAAUGCUGACAAUUACAGAUUUUAUCAAUAUUUUAAGGACAUACUACAAAUCACCAUUUGUUCAAAUGGAAGAACUUGAAGAGCAUAAGCUGGAAACUUGGCGAAGUGUUUUAAAGGAAAAAAGUAAACCUUUAGUUAGCAUAGGCCCUGAUGCCAGCUUAUUAGAUGCCAUAAAAGCUCUUAUACAGAACAAAGUUCACCGUUUGCCUGUGAUAGACCCUGUUACUGAUAACGUCCUCUAUGUGAUUACUCACAAAAGGAUUCUCAAGUUCCUUUUUCUUUAUUACCAUGAACUGCCUCAUCCUAGCUACAUGAAUAAAACAUUAGGAGAAUUAAAAAUUGGGACCUAUGACGAAGUGGCUUCUGUAAAGACGAGUACACCUGUCAUCACUGCUCUUAACGAUUUCAUCAACAGAAGAGUAUCAGCUUUACCUGUUGUAGACGAGAGUGGUAAAGUAGUUGACAUCUAUGCCAAAUUCGAUGUCAUCAACUUAGCUGCAGAGAAAACUUACAACAACCUUGAUAUUACUGUGAAAAAAGCUCUCGAACACAGAGAUCAAUACUUUGAAGGGGUCUUAAAGUGUACUUUAAAUGAAACAUUCUCAGCUGUACUCAGUAGAAUAGUAAAAGCAGAGGUGCAUCGCCUGGUGGUGGUGAACAAUGAAGAUCAUGCCAUAGGCGUUAUUUCUUUGUCUGACAUUUUAUCUUACCUUGUCUUACGCCAUACAGAAGAAAAUCAAAAUGGAGAAUCUAAAAAACUAUCCACUUCUGACUCUAUCGAAGAAGAAACUGCUGAAAGUGCAAAUUCUCAAGUGCAAGAAAACGGAACACCCACUGAAGAGUGAAUAUCAAAACCUGAUGACGUUUUGACCUAUGCUUGAAAAUUACAAGAACCCUGUCUGUAAUCACGAUGAUUCAGUAAUAGGUUCUUUUAGUUUACAACCUACUUUAUUUGUGUACACAAUUAAGUGUCGAGAGAGUUCUUCAAGCUCCUCAGCGAUUUUGAGUUUGUGCAUGGAAACUCAUGGAAUCGUGUGCAAAAAAUCGCAGUCACCGCGAUUGUACUCGACGAUUUUAUUUUUUCUACCUUUGUGAAAAAGAUUUGCACGUACUAUAUAUUUUUAACUUUUUAGAAAUUGUUGUUAAAAUAAUAAUAAUAAAAACUUCUGUAAAUUCGCAUUUAGGUCAGAAUACAAUAUUUUCAUUUCAUGUAUUUAUUUGUUCAUUUGACUUCCUGGCUAUUUGUAUAAAAAAAAAAAAGACAUUCCUGUUUAAAUUGUAGUUAAAGAGACCUUACAAUUUUUUUUUUAGAAUAUAAAGGUCUUCUUUAAUGUAAAAUCUCUUGUGUUAAUAAACUUGGCAUUUUAUGUGAAAAGACAAAUUAAUAUUUCAUAUGGCUAAAGAUAAGAAAGAUUUCAGUGAAUCAAACUAAUUCUAAAGCUAAACUUUGAAUAACUUUUUAGAUAUUUACUUUCUUAGACAGUACAAUAAAAUUUUAUUAAAUGUAUGCACUCAAGAAUAGGGUUGUCCACAAUUAUUCGAGCUGAUAUGGUCUCAGUGACGGAAUUUUUAAAUUACAAUGUCUACUUUAUUUCAUAGAAAUAUGAUCUUCACCAUAAAGAAAUUUAACUAGAAUAGGAGCAAUUUUUUUUACAUGGAAAAAUAAGGCACUAAGCAGAAAUGAAGAAAAGAAUAUUUUAUAAGUCAACAACCGAAAAGAAAGAUGCUGUCAUUUGCUUCUUUUUUUCCAUUCAUGAUAUUCACCAUUUAAAGUUUUUUCAUGACAAAUGUAGGUGUUGUCAUUUGAAAUUAUUAAAAUUCUGCAACCCCUAACUUAGACAGCUGAAUAAUCGUUUUAACACUAAAAUAUUAUUUACCAGGGUUCAAGAGUAGAUAACUUUUUUUAUAAGGCUAUAAAAAUAUAAAAAAUAUUAAUUUUUCUUUUUACAUAAAAUGUAACUAAUGAGAUAGUUGAUGAAGAAAAUGCAAAACAGACUUUGGCCAUUUUUAUAAAGUUACAUCCUUCAGUUAUGUGACAUUUUUGUUGUUGCUAUAUUUGUUAUUAAAAUACUUUAAUCUAUUCAAUGUAAAAUGUUCCAUAGUAGUUGUAUUUAAUAUAAGUUUAGACUUUUGUAACAUUUUUAUAAUCAGUUCUGAAUUUAACAGUGACAAUAAUUAAGAACAACAUGCAUAAAGCUGCUGUUUGAGUCGUUAAAAACUUAAUACCAUGAUGGUGACUCUAUAAAACAUGUACAGUGUACAAUUUAAAAUCAAUGUACAGAUUUUAUUGUGUUUCACAUUUUUAACACUAAUUAUUAAAAAAAUAAAGAAUUG